AUGGGCAAUUUAGUAGGACUUAUCAAAUAUGUCGUUGAUAUGUGGAACACUUUUCAUUUCGACACAGUCAAACGUAAAAAUUAUUUUGUGCAAUUGUCUUAUCCAAAUUAUACUGAAACAAACCAAAUUCUUGUGUAUGAUGAAAGCAAUUCAACAGUCUUCCAUUCCCAUUCAAAUGCUUCAAAUGUGCUCAUAGCGUAUCUUCCGUUUAACGCCUAUGCAAAAAGUGGUGUGGUAAAGGGUCCCCUUGUUUAUGGCCAUUUCGGUCGCACGGAGGAUUUUCAAGCAUUAGAUAAACUGAACGUUGAGGUCAACGGCAGUAUUGUUCUGAUACGCUAUGGUCGAAUACAUCCAGGUAAUAAAGUCAAACAUGCGGAACAAGCUGGUGCCGUGGGAGUAAUAUUAUAUUGUGACCCAGCGGAAUACACCGACGGUACGGAUGGUGUCGAGGGUACCUGGUGGUUACCCAGUUGGGGUGUCCAGCUAUCUCAUGUUCGUUAUAAUUUAGUCGGGGACCCGGGUACCCCUGACUAUACAGCUGUUCAUAGUGCUUCCUAUGAUAAAACCGUGAGCGACCUUUACCCAUCUAUCCCAGUGUACCCUAUCAUGUACAGCGAUGCUGACAAGCUAAUGUCACUUAUUGAUAAGACAGUGCCCGUUCCACGUCAUUGGAAUGGAAAAUUAAAAUCUAAAUACUAUGCCGGUGUGAAGCGUGGUCAAACGGAUUAUCAACACCUCGUGGAAAUGACAGUGACAAAUGCCCCAGAGAAAAGGAACAUCACAAAUGUCAUCGCUUCCCUGAGGGGUAAAAUCGAGCCUGACAGGUUCGUAAUUGUGGGAAGCCAUAUUGAUUCUUGGACUCAAGGCAUUGUGGACUCUGGUACGGGGUUCUCAAUUUUAAUGGAUCUUGCCAGAACAUUUUCAGAUCAGGUCAUGGCUGGUUGGCGUCCGAGGCGAACCAUCAUUUUCGCCUUUUGGGACGCGUCCAAAUAUGGUCACAUUGGAUCGUACGAAUGGGUACAGGAGUAUGAGCAACAGUUGAGUGCCGGUGCUGUCGCUUACAUCAAUUUGGAUUCCGUCAUCCGGGGAAGUUAUAGUUUUAGUGCUGACAGCAGUCCCUUAUUGUAUGACGUUAUUUAUAAUGCCGCCAUGACAGUGAAAUGUGUUGACCCUGAUUUCCAAUCCACGACUGUGUAUGAAAUGUGGAAAAACAGAUUUCCCAGUGAUGUGUUUCAUGAUAGACCUAAAAUUAAUGGAUUAGCAGGCGACAGUGAUCAAUCGCCAUUUUCUUACCAUGUCGGUGUGCCUUCCAUGUCAGUUUCUUAUACUUACGAUACUAAUAGAUAUCCCAAUCUUCCUACCUACCCAGUGUACAGUACUCUUGAUGAUACUUUAGACUAUCUUGAAACGUUUAUCGAUACUAACUUUACCCGCCAUAUUGCUGUUAAUCAAAUAUUGGCCGAUAUCGUGCUUCAGUUGGCGGAUUCCGCUCUAUUACCAUUCAAUAUCACUAACUAUAUUCAUAUAAUACACUUGGGACAAGCUUCCUUGCUAACAUACGAAAAUGAAUUUAGGAAGGCUGAAAUUAAUUUAGCUUCUUUGAAUCAUGAAAUUGACUUUUUCAUUAACUCUACUCGUGAGUUUCAGAGCAGUUUUAACAGAACGAACUCGAACGAACAUCAACUGCAUUCGCGGAACGAAAAGUUACUGCGUUUGACCAGAGCGUUUGUGGUGCCGGUUGGCUUGCCGGAGCAACCACAAUAUAGGAACAUUUUAGUGGCACCGCAUGCAGAGAAUCUAAAUGAAGAGACUGUGUUUCCUGGCAUUGUCAGUGGGGUAAUACAUGGGAGAAAAGGUAAUUGGAACAUUCUGAAGGACCAAGUGGCCAUUUUGACGAUUACUUUUAAAAGAGCUAGUAGUGUUUUAAAUGACGAUAUUUAUACCAAAGUUUAA